AUGGACCUUGACCGCCCUGGCUUUGCCCCCGAUUCCGUCUACGGAUGGACGGAUUCUACCAUCGCCCUUGCGUGGCUUCGUCAACAUCCAUCUAAAUGGAAUACUUAUGUUGCCAACCGCGUGUCGGAAGUGCAAACGACUCUGGCUUCCGCUCGCUGGAAUCACGUCCCUUCAGGCGACAAUCCGGCAGAUUGCGCCUCGCGCGGUUUGUCCGCUUCCGAACUAGUUGUCCACCCGUUAUGGUGGACUGGCCCUCGAUGGCUUCAUCAGCCACCGACUUCCUGGCCAACUCUUGACAUUUCUACUCCGUUCGAUUCUACAACCGAAUUGCAAGUGUCGACGGAGAGGAAAAAAUAUGUGACGCUCCACGUACAAGAGUCCGCUGAGUGGGAACUUCCACGCAAGUUCUCCCGCUGGACGAAGCUCAUCCGAGUAACCGCCUACGUUUACAGAUUCGUACUACGAACAAGAGGAAAAGGUGAUUCUCGCCACGAUCUUCCCGCCUUUCUGAGCGCCGACGAGCUCAGGAAGGCGGAGAUAUUCUGGUUUAACUAUUUACAACGGAAUUUCUUCGAGCGAGAAUUGCGAUCAUUAAAAAAUAAAAGAACUCUGCCACACUCAAGCCCUCUGCGUGGACUGAAUCCUUUCCUGGGAACAGACUGUUUAAUCCGCCUUGGCGGGCGGUUGAAAAACUCAGCGCUCGGUUAUGACGAGCGACACCCGAUUAUCCACGGAGUCACUCUCCACGGAGGAGUGCAACUGGUACUGCGCACACUGCGUCAGCGGUUUUGGCUUUUAAGCGGCCGCAACUCCGUAAAGGCGCAUCUUCGGAAAUGUGUCAUUUGCGCGCGACACUCCGCUCGAUUGUCUACUCAGUACAUGGGAGACCUCCCCGCGGCUCGAGUCACUCCUUCCGCUCCGUUUACUCACUGCGGAGUGGAUUACGCUGGCCCUCUCCACGUAACUUCCUUCGUAGGUCGAGGACAACGUGCUCGGAAGGUGUAUAUUGCUCUGUUCGUUUGCCUCGCCACUAAAGCGAUCCACCUCGAGAUGGUGGAAGAUUACUCCACGCCCAGUUUUCUAGCCGCCUUUCAUCGAUUUGCCAGUCGGCGAGGAUCACCUCGUCAUCUCUAUAGCGACAACGGCACCAAUUUUCGUGGUGCCGACUCCGAACUUACGAGACACUUUGCCUCCGUUAUCGGAGAUCCUGAUUUACAGAGCGCGAUCGCCAAUGACGGAGUGGCCUGGCACUUCAUUCCCUCCGCUGCUCCGCACUUCGGCGGUCUUUGGGAGGCCGAGGUCAAGAGCUUCAAGACGCACUUGAAGCGAGCCGUUGGGUCUCAUACUCUAUCGCGGGCUGAACUCGCUACGCUUUUGUGCAAGAUCGAAGCUUGCCUAAACUCGCGACUCAUCGCUGCGCUCAGCGAUGACCCGAGUGACGUGUCGGCGCUCACUCCGGGUCACUUCUUGAUAGGACGGCCGCUUGUAGCCGUUCCGGAGGAAUCGACACUUGCGAUCGACGCGAGUAGACGCUCACGAUGGCAGAACGUUCACGCCAUGCUAGAGACAGUUUGGCGUGCUUGGUCGCAAGAUUACUUGCAUUCGAUUCAACAACGCCAUAAAUGGCGCAAGCAUAUGCCAGACCUCGCGACGGGCGACUUAGUAAUAAUAAAAAACCCGCUGCUCCCUCCGAGUAAGUGGGACCUAGCGCGGGUGACGCAGACUCAUCCGGGGUCUGACGGACACGUGCGGGUUGUCACCGUUCGUACCGCCCAGUCUACUUUGAAGCGACCAAUCACGCAAGUCUGUCGACUUCCCGUCGAUGAUCAUUUAGAUAAGUCCAAUACGUUGAGUAAUGAAAUUUAA